UUGAUAUAUUUUUUAUUAUAAAUUAAAUGCGUGAAAAUUAUGUUAUUUUUAAAAUUAUCGGUGCUGUUUUUUACAUGUUGUGGAUAUGAAUACGAAAAUUCAUAUGAUGAAAUUCCUUACCCCACCACUAAGGCGAUGAACACGAAGGUGACACUGAAGACGCUUAACAGUCAGGAGUUGCUUGAUGUUGAAGAUGCAUUAAAGCAACUGUUGAGCAACGUGAAUGCUAUCACAUCCUCUGAGAAUCAAACGGAUGUAAACAUUUUACGCUUUCUGAGAAUAAGAAGAGAAGAAUUAACCACGGAUGCAACAGACCCAACGGAUAUUACGGAGAGUACAGUGUCAACUAUACCUACAGCCAAAUAUCCAAUCGAUGUGCCAGCUCUUCUAGAGCUCAUUGCAGCUCUUGCAGAGGAUUAUGAGACGAACCUCACGCAAAAACUGAACGAAUCACUUGCACUCAUGUCCAUACCGACAUGUGAGACGUUUACCACUGUAAGGCAUACAACAUCGGAAUAUGACGCCAACGCAACUGGCAGUGUUAUCGCUAAGUGCUUCGUAUGUGGACUAGAGGAAACUGGAGUGCCUGCGUCAGCGCCGUGUGCCGAUGCGUUUGCUGGUGACUUUCUUCCCAUGGUACCAGUUGACCCAACGGCGCGAGCUCAGAUAUCAAAGUUUAGAAAGUAUUGCAAGUAUCAGAAUACACGUGGGUAUAAGUACAAUAGCUCCCAGCCUCGAGCCAUCUUUGGACGGUGGACUGGUGGUUGUGCAGUGAGAUGGAUUGAUUUAAGCGGCAUCUAUACUCAGAGGACGUGCAGGAGCCGGUACCAGGCCAUCAUGGGCAAGCAUUUUGGCAGUAAGAGGAUGGCCAGGUUGGAGAUGGCGCUCAUGAGCGUGGAAAACGGCUGUAUCGUGAGCCCCAUGGCCACUUUGGUCCCACUUUCGAGAGGCGUAUCGCUGUUCGCAAGAUUCCACGCCUGCGUUUGCACUGGAAGUUGGUGUAAUGGUGCUGUUAUGCUACGUUCAGACAUAAUUAUAUGGCUGAUCAUGUCUAUCAAAAAUAAAUAA